CACAGAGGGCAUUGACGGACUGCCACAACACAACCGAACGCACCCCGGCGAGCACGCACACACCAGGGACUAUAAUGGACCUCCAUCGGAACACAAUGUUAAACCAAAUGGAUUACAGUCAGGAUUCGAAGGAGGUGAAGUCGUCUCAGCUGACGGAGGAUCGCCUCGACAGCGGCAUCGACUCGCUGAAAGAGGAGGAGUACCAGGCUGUGGCGACCGAGAUCCUUCGCCUCCAGUUGGACUGUGAGCACAAACAGCCCGCCGCCGUAAUCGGAGAGCCGCUGCAGGAAUGGCAAACACAGAUCACAGAGGAGGGGGACACGCUGCUCCACUUGGCAAUCAUCCACGAAGCCAAAGAUUUCACCCAAAAAAUGAUCGACGUCUCAAAGAACACAGACUUCCUCAACACACAGAACGACCUGAGACAGACUCCCCUCCACUUAGCGGUUAUAACCAACCAGCCGGAUGUGUGUUACAGCCUCAUUGUGUCCGGCUGUGAUGUCACAGUAGUGGACAACAAUGGGGACACACCUCUUCACAUCGCAUGUCGUCACGGCAACCUGCAUUGUUUCAGUGCUAUUACACAGAACUGCCAGCCAGAGCAGCUACACACGGCCAUGGCGACCUGGAACUAUAAUGGUCAAAACUGUCUUCACUUGGCUUCUAUUCACGGUUUCCUCGUGCUGGUUGAGAAAAUGGUGGAUCUCGGGGCUGACAUAAACACAAGGGAGCAGCACAAUGGUCGCGGUGCGCUGCAUCUUGCUGUAGACCAGCAGAACCUCAGCCUGGUCAAACUGCUGCUACAGAAAGGAGCGGACCCCAACCUCCUGACCUCCGGGGGCUACACCCCGUACCACCUCACCUACGGCUUAGACAACUGCGACAUCAGGAAAGAACUGCACCCGCUGACCCGCCCCGACCUGAGAGAACUCCCCGACAGCGACUCGGAGAACAGCGAAGACGACUCGGACUCGGACUCUGACGAGGGGCAGGUUAUGUACGACGACAUCAAGCUGAACGGGCAUUAGCGGGAAACGGACGCGAAGUUGUCACAGAGGCGCGAGCCGCGAUGAUGAUGACGGCGGGGAGAGGCACGGCUCGACGCGUAUGAUUUCUGCAGUGCGGCUCCAGAAGGACUGGCGGCUGGAGCGCCGAGGCUGGCGGCGUUGACGCCUCUUCAGAAAGCGGUUUCUGAGUCAGGCGGGGCGGAUGAAACAUAAUACUAAAGGAGAGAACUGCUGGCACUGCAAGUCAUUGAUAUAAAGAAAAUAAAAUCCACCAGGAUGUACCUGUAACAGCCCUGUUGUAUAAUACUGUAAAUGCUGUGUAUACAAAGAUGUAUUUUUUAUGGAAGCUGUGAACGUGUACAGAUGAAGCGGUUGUAUAUGUCAGACAGUGAACAGUUCCAGAGCACUCCAGUUAAAUUAAAACACUCAUAUUUAACAGAGUUUUGUGUUUCAACUGUGUUUGUGGAAGGUUUCGCUUUCAGAACCCCGAUUUAGAGAAAAGAGCGGCUAUAUGAUCAGUGACUCUUGAUCUGUGCUCGUACAGGAAAUGGGUCAUGUGGCUUCCUUUUGCCGAGAAAAAGUCCUCAUAAAAAUGCCCCAGUCACGGCUUCAAUUCAUAACGAUUGUGCCUCAUUUACAUAAAAAGAGGAAAAAGCGUCUCUGUUCUGAUGAAUGAAGAAGGAACUGUUGGCCAAUUGAGCUUUGAAGGCCUCUGUUCCUCCGCCAGAUCUAAGUGUGUGUGUGUGUAGAGUCGAGAUAAGAGGCUUUGGGAAUUUUUGUGUGCGUGUGUGGACAGCUAUCUACAUAAGGAAAUGCUUUGGGUUUUUUUUUUUUUUUUCCCAGAGGGCGUGACUGAGACAGAAAAUUCCCAGGAACAAAACACGAAUACGGGAAUUUGAGUUGGUUAAAAGGAAAUUUAAGUCGAGCAGUAGAACAUCGGAAGAAAGGAAGAGUUUAAAAUAAAUUUCCUGUUAUUCCAGCUUUUACAGAGUUUUUCAGCAGUUUCUUUUUACACUUGACACAAUUUCUAAAACAGUUUAACUCAAACAUUUGUGAUAAUUUAAGCAAAAAAUGAAACAAAGAAACCACACCUCUUGU